UAGCCUUAAGGCAACCAAACGAUUUUUCAGAAAGAAACAUAAUUCAGAAGAAUGUCUAUCAAAAGAUUGACAUUCAUAUCCGAUACAUACACCAUUUAAUUUACCGAACCAAACACCCCCUUAGGAAGCCUAAUGCAAUCCAAAAAAGAGCAUGAGUGGUCGGCUAUGGAGCAAGGUAAAGUUUGGACUUUACUAGAGGAUAGUAGUAGUGGAAUUAUGCCCAUAUUAAAAUUAAGUUAUGAUCAUCUGCCAUCACAUUUGAAACGUUGUUUUUCGUAUUGUUCAGUAUUUCCUAAGGAUUAUACAUUUGAUAAAAGAAAAUUGAUACAAUUAUGGAUGGCAGAGGGAUUCCUUGGAACCAAACGAAUGGAGGAUGUUGGCAAUGAAUAUUUCAAUAUCUUAUUGUGGAACUCUUUCUUUCAAGAUGCGGAGAAGGAAAAACAUGAAGAUAUAGUACUGACAUGCAAGAUGCAUGAUCUUGUACAUGAUCUUGCACAAUUUGUUGGAAAGCUUGAGUAUUCCCCUAUGGAAGCCAAUAAUGUGGAAGACAUUUCUGAUGAAGUUCGUGGUUUGUCACUUUUUUUGGAUGAUGAUGAUGAUAAAUUUGAAUUGGAAUUUCCGGAAGAAUCCUUGAAGAAGGCAAAGAAAUUACGGACACUAAUAUUUACUUCACAGUUCAAAUAUCCUUUGGUCUCAAAUGACAUGUUGGUGAAAUUCCAAAGCUUGCGUGUGUUGGGAUUAAGUAAUUGUUCGAUUUCUAACUUGCCUUCUUCAAUAAGAAAAUUGAAACAUUUAACGUACCUUUACCUCUCAGAUAAUCCAAUUGAUGUGUUGCCUGAGUCUGUCACUACCCUCUACAAUUUACAGACAUUAAAACUUCAAAAUUGCAAUAGUCUCCGAGAACUUCCCAAGGAAAUGAGUAAGAUGGUUAGCCUGAGACAUAUCGAACUAUCUGAUCGGAAUGAUGACUACAUUCGGAUGCCAAAUGAGUUGGGGAGAUUGACUAAUCAACAGACAUUAAGAAGAUUUAUUGUAGGCGAAGAUCUAGGAUGCAAUAUUAAACAGCUGAAGUGCUUGAAUAAUCUCAGAGGAGAAUUGACCAUAUCUUAAUUGGAGAAUGUAGCUAGUGGAAUAGAAGCCAAGGAGGCAAAUUUGAAAGGAAAGCAAGAUAUUUGUUCUUUAACAUUAAGGUGGGGGUGUUAUGGGUAUGGCAGUGAAAAUGAUAGUAGCAAAAUGUAUGAUGUGUUAGAAGGCUUAGAACCUCAUUCAAACUUGAAAAAGUUUUCAAUGGAACAAUUUCAUGGUUUAAAAUGUCCAACAUGGAUGGCAAGUGGUUUGUCUGCAUUCAAAAAUUUGAUUUUUUUCAAACUUGAAUGGUGCCCUAGAUUGGAAUAUGUCCCAACUCUUGGGGAGCUACCUUUACUUAGUUUCCUUCACUUAUAUUUUAUAAGGGUGAAAUGUCUUGGUUGGGAAUUCUAUUCUAGCAGCAAUAGUACUGGAUCAACUUCUUCAGGGACAGUUGCAUUUCCAUCGCUUAAGAAACUAAAGCUAUUUGACAUGCCUGAUUUGGUUGAGUGGUUGGAGGUGUUGCCUAAUUUCUUUCCAUCUCUUGAGAAGUUGUCAAUCAAUUAUUGCCCCAAGCUGAAAAUCAUGCCAAGUCGAUUCCCUUCCCUCAAAAGCUUACACUUUUAUGAAACAAAUGAGAUGGCACUAAGUUCAUUGUCAUGCAAGCUUAACUCUCUCAACCAUCUUCGUAUUACUGCUUGUCCAGACCUCAAAUCUGUGCCAGAGAGGUUGCUACAAAACAAUGCACAUGUUCUUCAGAAAGUGAAGAUUUCACAUUGCCAGAAGCUUGAAACAAUUUUUCGAAGUGAAGGAAGAGAGGGAUAUCCCAUUCCCCUAGUCUUUCCAUCUCUUCAAUCCUUGGAAAUAGAGAAAUGUCCUUCUGUUAAGCCUUUACUGGACAUACAGGGAAUGACUUCUCUUCAAAAGUUGGAAUUGAAAGACUUUGCAGAAUUGAAGUCAUUACCAGAGGGGUUGCAGCAGCUCACUAUGCUUGAGAGUCUACGCAUGGGUCGGUUUCCAGAGGGGAUGGAUUAUAUCAAAGGGGAAGAGGAUCUCCAACACCCUGUCUCCCUUCGAUGCCGAAGACUUAUUGGCUGGCCUCAGCACAAGAAUCUCCGAGACCAACUUAAGCACCUCACUAAGCUAACAUAAGUGAUCACAUGGUAAUAUAUUUCCCCAAGACUGUAGCUCAGUUAGCAAGGAACACACCUCUCAAUAAAGCCAGAAGAAUGGGUUUAAAAUGAGGGUUGGGCAAUUGGAGUUCCCCUGCUUUUGUGGCUUAAGGAGUAGAAGAUGCAGAAGCAAUCAAACAACUUACGUAAGAUGUUCAAAUGGACCAAAGAGGGAUGUUUGAAUCAUGGAUAGAGCGUUCUCGUUCAUGGGCAGAGGAGGGUUUUCUGACAGUAUACUUUCUUCCUCCAUCUUUGACAUUCAUAUAUUCCUUUGUGAUUUUAUCAAAGAUGACAGUUUGUUUAGUUGGGAAGUUUUUUUGGGACCCAAAACCUGUAGGUGUAUUUCCUUCCAAUUAUUCAUAUUCAGAUUCCUGUGAGUCUAAACUUCAACCUUUUAAGAAUUCGAAAUGGGAUAUGAAGGGGUUUCCGCCUAAGAUUGGAAAUUUUUGCUGGUUAGGGAAGCUUGAUAUCAGCAGUUCAUUUGGGUCGUCUAUAUUGGCUUUGUGACAGAGAGGGCUUCUCCAAGAGCCUGGUGGUGGAGGACAAGUCUACGACCAAGAGAUACAGAAUCUACCUUUUCGAGAUGCUGAGAAGGGAAGAAGAGUCCCAUCAUCGUCAUCUCCAAAGGAGUUCACCGUGUACCGUUAUGUGGGGGGCGACUUUACACAAUCAUCAACAUAUCUAGGGUGUAUUGUCUCAUUUUGUCGGAUUUCCUGCUGGAGCUCCUCCUCAUUACCUUCAAUCUCAACCUCCAUUUCACUGCUGGAGAGGACGAAGUAGCGGCCAUGCUUCCCGGCACUGUCCCCAGUCAUGAGGUUUGGAAGACUCGGAAUAAGUUUGUAUUUCAGCUCUGUGAGUCUGACUUAAUUGGCACUAUGAUCGCAGUGAAUCUCUCUGUGGAAGAAAGUCAUAUUGGUCUCCCCUUGUAUCCUGCUGGGGCUUGGCUUACUGCUUCAUCUCGGGGCAGCCGGGUGUUGUCAUCAGACCUGAAGGGGGUUUUCGGUUGCAGCCAUGGAAGCUGAGGCUAUUAGGGAUGGCCUGCUGUUGGCAUUUUGAUUUGGCUCAUCUGCUGUUCUUUGCUUCUCUGGUUGUCAAUUUGUUGUUCGUGCCCAUCAGUACAUGGAAUCUUUUCUUUAUUUGGCCUUUAAAUCUAUCGUGGAAGACAUUCUUUGUUCAGUUUCUGUAUUUUUAUUUUUUGUUAUUGUUCCUCUUUCCUCUGUUUGCAAGGCCAAUUUCUAAGCCAAGGCUGCUCUGAAAUUUGAUUUGUCUUGUGUGUGGUGUUGUUUAAAGCCACCCCCACCUCCUUUCUUCGUUCCACUGUAAUUUCUGAAAAGAGAUUCUCUCAUUUGGACUUCGAGCUUUAAUAAAUUUUAAUUUUUUGAUAA